CGGCAGGGGCUCGUCGCUCGUGCAGUCCGAAACAAUGCCAGUGAGUGGAGGCUGAGGAGCCGAGAGAGAGCUGAGAGAGAGCGGAGAAAGAGCAGCUCCUCCCCGGCUGGCCGCUCACUGCACAUCCCGCAGCCAUGUGGAUCCCUACCGAGCAGGAGAAAUACGGUGUGGUGUUAGCCAGUUUUCGGGGGACUGUGCAGAAUGGCCUGCCUCUGGAGAUCGGCGACACGGUGCAGAUCCUGGAGAAAUGUGAAGGCUGGUACAGAGGCUUCGUCCUUAAGAACCCAAAUGCCAAGGGGAUUUUCCCAUGCAGCUACAUUCAUUUGAAAAAUGCUCAUAUUAAGAACAAAGGGCAAUUUGAGACAGUGGUGCCCACGGAAGACUCGGUCAUUACAGAGAUGACGUCCACCUUGCGAGACUGGGGAACCAUGUGGAAGCAGCUCUAUGUGAAGAACGAGGGGGAUCUGUUCCACAGGCUGUGGCACGUGAUGAAUGAGAUCCUGGAUCUACGACGGCAGGUUCUGGUGGGUCACCUGACUCACGACCGCAUGAGGGAUGUCAAACAGCACAUAACUGCCCGCCUGGACUGGGGCAACGAACAGUUGGGUCUGGACCUGGUCCCCCGGCGAGAGUUUAGCAUGGUGGAUCCCGAUGACAUCAGUGUCACCGAGCUCUACAGAUUGAUGGAACAUCGGCACCGCAAAAAGGAGACGCCGGUCCCAGCCAGUACACAUCACCUGUUUGUCCACAUGAAGAGCCUGAUGAGUUCCAACCUGGGCGAGGAGCUGGAGGUCUUCUUCUACAUCUAUGACAGCAGAGAGAGCAAACCCCUCAGUGAAAGGUUCUUUGUGAAGCUAAAUAAGAACGGAGUGCCCAAGUCUCCAGAGAAGACAGAGAGACAGUGUACCCUUUUUGUGGACCUGGGGAGCGGUGACCUGAGGAAAGAUGUGUAUAUUGUUGUUCACAUCAUUAGAAUAGGCCGUAUGGGCGCUGGUGAGAAGAAGAACACGUGCAGUGUACAGUACCGACGUCCGUUUGGCUGUGCAGUGGUCAGUAUUGCUGAUCUCCUUACUGCUGAUUCGAAAGAUGACCACCUCCUGAAGGUCUAUGCCUGCAACACAGAGAGUGACUGGUACCAAAUCCAUGACAACAUCAUUAAGAAAGUGAACUCCAGAUAUAACCUGUCUGGGUCCAACACAGGACUUGCAGUGGCUCUCCAGCUACUCCAUGGGGACAUUGAGCAGCUGCGGAGGGAGUACAUGGCCAUUUUCACGCGAGGAGUGUCUAUCACCAGGAAACUGGGCUUCUCUGAUGUCAUCAUGCCAGGGGAGAUGAGGAAUGAUCUGUACAUCACCCUUGAGAAAGGAGAGUUUGAGAAGGGAGGGAAGACUGUGGCCAGAAAUGUGGAGAUCACCGUAUAUGCACUGGAUGUGGACGGACAGAUUCUCAGGGGCUUUGUAGCUGCGGGUUCAGGCGAACCAGGUGCAGAUGAGUAUCACUCAUUCGUGCUGUACCACAACAACAGCCCACGCUGGACCGAGCAGAUCAAGCUACCCAUCCCAGUGGACAUGUUCCGCGGAUCACAUGUCCGCUUUGAGUUCCGCCACUGCUCCACAAAAGACAAAGGGGAGAAGAAGCUGUUCGGCUUCUCCUUUGUUCCCCUGAUGCAGGAAGAUGGGCGGACACUGCCUGAUGGCACCCAUGAGCUUAUUGUCCAUAAGUGUGAGGAGAAUACUAACCUUCAGGACUAUGCUCGCUACCUCAAACUGCCAUUCUCCAAAGCCCACCUACCAGGCAACAACCAAGCUGUGAAAGGCACCAAGGAGUCAUUCUGGAUCACCUCCUUCCUCUGCUCCACCAAACUCACUCAGAACGGUGAUAUGCUGGACUUGCUGAAGUGGAGAGCCCACCCAGAGAGGAUCGGUGACAGCUUGAGCAAACUGAAAGAGAUCGAUGGCUCUGAGAUAGUCAAGUUCUUGCAGGAUACACUGGACACGCUCUUUGGCAUUUUAGACGAAAGCCCACAGAGAUAUGGCCUCAAAGUGUUUGAUUGCCUUGUGCACAUUAUAAACUUGCUCCAGGACAGCAAAUUUCAGCACUUUAAACCAGUCAUGGACACCUACAUUGAGAGUCACUUUGCAGGAGCCUUGUCAUACAGGGAUCUGAUAAAAGUUCUGAAAUGGUAUGUGGACCGAAUCAUAGAAGCUGAACACCAAGAGCACAUCCAGCAGGUCCUCAAGGCGACAGAGUAUGUCUUUAAGUACAUUGUCCAGUCACGGAGGCUUUUUGCGCUGGCCACGGGAGGCCAGAGCGAGGAGGAGUUCCGCUGCUGCAUACAUGAGCUCUUCAUGUCCAUACGCUUCUUUCUGUCCCAGGAAAGCCCAGGAAAUGGCCCCAUCACACAUACACAGGCAGUGUUUUUGAGGACCUUUCCUGCAGUCUAUGGGGAGCUGCUGAAGCUGUUCACAGUAAAAGAGGUGGCUACGUUCGUGCGGGAGACUCUGGGCAGUCUACCGGCCACCACUCACGCAGAUUGCCCCCUGGAGGCCGUCAAACUACAGUGCAUUGCCAAGACUGUAGAGAGCCAGCUUUACACAAACCCUGAGUCGAGGUGUAUUCUGCUCCCUGUGGUCUUGCGCUUAUUACAGACUCAUAUGCAGGAGCAGAAGGAUUUGGUGAUGUGUGGCCACAUCCUCACCAGCAUGCUCUCCCUCAUCAAGAGAGACGACACGGAGCCAUCUGUGUCUGAGGAGGUGGACCUGAUAGUGGACAGCUUGAUGGGAGUUUUAUUGAGGACCAUACUGGAAAUCUCCAACCGACCCCAAUCAACAGGAGGCACAAUGCGUCUACAGUUUCAGGACAUCACGGGGGAGUUUGUGGCAUGUUUGCUGGCUCUGCUGAAGCAGAUGAAAGAUAAGCACUAUCAACAGCUAUUACAGAGUUUCACUAGCAAAGAUGAACUGAGGGAUUUUCUCCUGCAGCUUUUCACCGUGUUCCGCAUCCUGAUCCGGCCAGAGAUGUUUCCUAAAGACUGGACAGUCAUGCGACUUGUCACCAACAAUGUCAUCAUCACCACCGUGCUCUACCUGUCAGAUGCUCUGAGGAAGAACUUUCUCAAUGACAAGUUUGAUUAUAAGGUGUGGGACUCCUACUUCUAUCUGUCCGUCAUCUUCAUCAACCAGCCCUGUCUACAGCUAGAGACCUUCUCUCCUUCCAAGCGAAAGAAAAUUCUAGAAAAGUAUGGAGAUAUGAGGGUGAUGAUGGGCUGUGAAAUCUUCAGUAUGUGGCAGAAUUUAGGAGAACACAAGUUGAACUUCAUCCCUGCGAUGAUUGGUCCAUUCCUGGAGGUGACGCUGGUUCCGCAGCCAGAUCUAAGAAAUGUGAUGAUCCCCAUCUUCCACGAUAUGAUGGACUGGGAACAACGUCGAAGUGGCAACUUCAAGCAGGUGGAGGCGAAACUUAUAGACAAGCUCGACAGUCUGAUGUCGGAGGGUAAAGGCGAUGAAACAUACCGAGAGCUCUUCAACAGCAUUAUUCCUCUGUUUGGUCCAUAUCCUAGUCUUCUAAAGAAGAUAGAGAGAGAGACAUGGAGAGAGAGUGGAAUUUCACUCAUUGCUACUGUAACACGUCUGAUGGAGAGGCUGCUCGACUACAGAGACUGUAUGAAACUUGGGGAAGUGGACGGAAAGAAGAUUGGCUGCACUGUCAGCCUCCUGAACUUCUAUAAAACGGAGCUGAAUAAAGAGGAGAUGUACAUCCGCUACAUUCACAAGCUGUAUGAUCUGCACAUGAAAGCACAGAACUUCACAGAGGCCUCUUACACCCUGCUGUUGUAUGAUGAGCUGUUGGAGUGGUCAGAGAGGCCGCUGAGGGAGUUCCUGAAUUACCCCAUGCAGAGCGAGUGGCAGAGGAAGGAGUACCUGCACCUGACCAUCAUCCAGAACUUUGACCGUGGAAAGUGCUGGGAGAAUGGCAUCCUGCUUUGUAGAGAGCUGGCUGACCAAUAUGAAUCAUAUUAUGAUUACAGGAACCUGAGCAAAAUGAGGAUGAUGGAGGCCUCGCUGUAUGACAAAAUAAUGGACCAGCAGAGAUUGGAGCCAGAGUUCUUCAGAGUGGGCUUCUAUGGAAAAAAGUUUCCUUUCUUCUUAAGGAAUAAGGAGUUUGUGUGUCGUGGUCAUGACUACGAGCGUUUGGAGGCCUUCCAGCAGCGCAUGCUCAAUGAAUUCCCUCAUGCCAUUGCCAUGCAACACGCCAACCAGCCAGACCAGACCAUCUACCAGGCAGAGGCCCAGUAUUUGCAGAUAUAUGCAGUGACUCCUAUCCCAGACAGCCAGGACGUCCUGCAGAGAGAUGGAGUUCCGGACAACAUCAAGAGCUUCUACAAAGUCAACAACAUCUGGAGGUUCCGCUAUGACCGCCCCUUCCACAAGGGCACUAAGGACAAGGAGAAUGAGUUUAAGAGUCUGUGGGUGGAGAGGACCACGCUGACCCUGGUGCAGAGUCUUCCGGGCAUCUCCCGCUGGUUUGAGGUGGAGAAACGCGAGCUGGUGGAGGUCAGCCCGUUGGAGAAUGCCAUCGAGGUGAUUGAGAACAAGAACCUGCAGCUGCGCACGCUGAUCACACAGUGCCAGACACGACAGAUGCAGAACAUCAACCCGCUCACCAUGUGCCUGAACGGCGUCAUCGACGCUGCUGUGAACGGAGGUCUCGCUCGCUACCAGGAGGCAUUCUUUGUGAAAGAUUACAUGAUGAAUCACCCGGAGGACGGAGAUAAAAUCGGACGACUGAGAGAACUGAUGUUCGAGCAGGCACACAUACUGGAGUUUGGUCUGGCCGUCCAUGAGAAGUUCGUCCCUCAGGAUAUGCGGCCACUGCAUAAAAAACUGGUAGACCAGUUCCAUCUGAUGAAAUCCAGCCUAGGAAUUCAGGAGUUCCCAGCAUAUGUGAGGGCCAGUCCUAUCCACUUUCCCAAUGGAAGCCCACGCCCCGGUCGCAACUCUAUGCCAAACAUCCUGAGCCCAGAGGGAGGUCGCGUGGUGCCCCGACGCAGUCCUCUCAGCUAUCCUGCGGUGAAUCGCUACUCCUCGUCCUCACUGUCAUCGCAGGCCUCCAAUGAAGUGAGCAACAUUACGGGCCAGUCAGAAAGCUCAGACGAAGUCUUCAACAUGCAGCCCAGCCCAUCUACCUCGAGCCUUAGCUCCAAUCACUCAGCAUCUCCCAAUGUCACCAGCUCAGCUCCAUCCAGUGCCAGAGGUUCACCGCAGUUGUCCGAGAAACACAAACACGCCCGUGAGAACUCCUGCCUCUCCCCAAGAGAGAGGCCCUGCAGUGCUAUAUUUCCCAACCCACUUGACCCGACACAGAGGACAAUGCCACAUCCUUCAGGAGAUGCCUCUCUGCCUCGCAGUGACCCCAACAUCUCCAAUCCAGAAAAAGUAGUCAAGCCUGCCCCAAGCAGCUGGAGUCUUGACACACCGCUCUCUGACUCUGUCGGAAAGCUGUUGUGCCCCCCUGUCCCUCCUAGGCCAUCGUACUCAGGCUCUCCUGCUAAGAACAUAAGAUCACAGUCACCAGUGCCAGCGUCACGCUCACCACAAAAGACCUCUGCCCCACCCUUCACCCCUUCACCCACGGAGUGCCAGUCUGCAGGUCUCGUUGCCAAUUCCCCCGUGCUGUCGGGCAGCUACAGCAGCGGUAUCUCCUCACUCAGCCGCUGCAGCGUCUCUGAAGCAUCCGGCACUGAAGCCCCGCCCUCAGACCACGCCCUCCCCACCUCCGCCUCCAGCGGAUCGGACGAGCUCUUUCGCCGAGAGAACAAAACCCCGCCCCCUUAUAGUGUGUACGAGCGCAACAACCCGCGGCGGCCCAUUCCCCUCCCCCACAGCCUGUCCAUACCACCCCCCAGUGCAGAUGCCCCGCCCAUACCACCAAAACCACACCAGCUCCGCAGUGGCAAGCCGGAAGUGGACCCCCGACGGCUUGAGCAGCUGCCCAGACCGAGGCCACUUCCCAGGAAAGUCUCUCAGCUUUAGCCCUGCUGGGGUGCAGAACACACCCCGACACCACUUGCACUUUCACUCCCACUCUCUUCGGGUCAGUAAACCCAAAUGUCCAGUUUAUAUGACAGACAAAUAGACUGUGGAGUGUAUUCUUAAUAGAGGAGGGUAUUGCAGUAUUGCAGAGGCAUGACUGCUACAUUCUGCACUUUUCACGUUCUAGAAGGAUCACAUGUUAAAGUAACCACUGGGGCAUUGUCUUCGCGUUUUGGUAGGCAUAUUAAUUCCAUUUACUGUAAAUAUUUAUAUGAAAAUGAUGGUUUUUGCCUUAAGUAUUGAAAACAGAUUCUUUUAUUAAUGAGUAAUGCACGUUUUAAGUACACUGUACUUUUCUAAAAUGGCUUAAAGGUGCUAGCGGCCUGCACACCUGUGUUCAUGUAGGCACUGGAUAACGUCCACGGCUUUGUUCCUAUACACUUGGAUGUCAUGAAGCAAGUCAUUCCAUAGUAACAGAAUCAUGAAGGAUGCUGCACUGGGGUGGCCAAUUUACCACUUAAAUCAGUUUAUUAUGAUACCUGAUGCCAUCAUGCUCUUACUGACUUACUCAGCACAUCUGAAGAAACAGAAAUGAAAUUAUUUGCACACAACAUUCAGCUUCUGCUACACUGUAGUCUCAUCUGCCACUCAAUUAGGAUGGUGAAGCAUCAUCGGCUUGUUCCAUGUGGAUAUCUCAGAGCUGUUCAUAGUUUACAUGCUUUUGGCAGAAUCCUGGCCCAGAUGUCACUUCUGAAGUGCAGCCUGACCAUAGUGAUUAAUAUGUGGGUGAUUUUGCCAAGUAUUGUGCCAAAGUAACAUGGAAGCUGCAAGGAACUAAACCUGGUGAUCCUGAAGUAGAAUGCACACAGUGUGUUUGCACACUAGGACUAAAGAUGCAAGAUUUUGUAUGCUGUCUCUUUGGAAUUGAGGUUCAGUCAAGACGAAGCACAAAUGAGGUAGUAAGUAGCAUAACUACAUUUGAUGACAGUCUCUUUCCCACAUUACAAUGCAUGGCUAAUAUGCAGGAAACAGCUCUGCCCAUGCACAUGGCAGAAACUAGCCUAAAUAAGGUGCAGUGUACAGUGACUGUGAAUUUUUUACCCAAUCUGAACCAUCAACCUCGACACAGAUGUGAGGCCUGGCGUUCCUACUCACAUUUUACUCUGCCAAUAAAAUUUGCCUGUGUUGCCACACUCCAUUCACACAUCUGUCAGUAGGAAAUGUAGGUAAUGGUUCAUUUGAAAGGCUCUAAAACAGGAUUAUUAAUGGGGUUGUGACAAUGUACUAGUAUAGCAGUUCUUAUACUUGGGGCAGCCUCAGAUAAAAACUGUUUAUUUCGUUUUAGUUUUGUCAUUUUAGUAAAUCUGCUUUGGCCUUGGAAAAAGAUACAUUGUAUGUCCAAUAGCUUGUAGUCACCUACAUUUACAUUUACGACAUUUGGCAGACAUUCUUAUCCAGAGAAGCUUACAACGUGGUCAUUUUACACGGGUAGGCGAAGGCAGCGUUAGGAGUCUUGCCCAAGGACUCCUAUUUGUGUUGUGUAGGUUGCUUUUUCAGGUGGAGGAUUGAACCCCAGUCCACAGCAUAGAAGGCAGAGGUGUUAGUCACUAUGCUAUACCAACCACCUCCUCAUUCUUCCACUAGAUGCUAGAUGUUAGAACAUCACUGUGGGGAUUUGAUUCCAUUCUGCCAGAAGAGCAUUAGUAAGGUUACCUAUGCAUGUUUGAUGAUUAGUUCUGGUUCCACUGCAACAUAUCCAAGUGGUAUUGGAUAGAGCUCCAUCACUCCAGAGAAUGCAGUUCCAUUUCUCCACAGCCCAACCUCUACCGGACGCGGAGCAUUGGGUAUGGUGACUUUAGGCUUGUGUGCAGCUGCUGUAGCAUUUUCUUGGAAGUUCUGUUCUGUGGAGAUUAUAUAAGCUAUGUUUGCAGCUGAACACCUGUGUCAGCAAUAGAUGCAGCUUAAAAGCAGCUGAAUUCAUUCAUUAAAGGGGGUCUACAAACCUUUGGACAUAUACUGUAUGAUUCUUGUUUAAAAUGGUAGACGUUAUUAAAUUGUAUGUAUAAAUAUGUGCCAGCCAAUCACCGUUUACUCUCGUACUGCAGCCACUUAAGAGGUCUGAAAUGUCAGAACAGCACCAUGUCUCUUGCAUGUGCAGGUCAGCGAUAGCUGCAGAGAAAGCCUGGUGACGUGGUCCUCGUUCACUUAGCUUAAAUAUUGUCCAGAGGGCCUUCGACUAAAAGCAUUUGAGAGCUGCUGUACUAGCAUACACUAGAUCUGCUGCAGUAUUGUAUAAAGUCUGACCAUUACACAAACACUGAAUAAUGUCUGAUGGUUUUGUACAAUGGAAUUCAAUUCUGCAUUUUUUAAUGCACCAACAAUGUUCAGUUGAUGUUACAGCCUUUGUCUGUUUUCAGUUGCUGUUUAAGCUAAACUCUAACAGUAAUUCAGAUGUUUUCAAAUAUAGCGAUGCACUGAAAGUUGCACAAGUACGAUAUACAGUUAUCUUGUCACAGCCCUACUUAACACAUUCAUAAAGUAUUUUCUGCAUGUUCAUUUGUGAUACAGAAACAUUCACAUACACGCCUUUAACCAGACUGACUUUUAUAGCAGUGUGUCACCCAAAUACUGAUACACUGUUUAUGAAUAUUUAUGAAAUGUGUUGUUAGAGCCUCCCUUCAAUUCACAGAAGAAUAGAAUCUGAAUAAAUAACAGAAUACCAAGUAUUGUUUUUUAAGCAUUUAGAGGAAAAUAUUGAUCACCUCACUCAGUGCUAUGUUCUUGUUCCUUUUUACUUCUGGAAAAAUUAACUUGAGUAUUGUAUCUAUGUUCUCUUUUUGUAAGUUACACUUUUUUCAGACUUGGAUUAGUUGUGAAUUUUAGACGAACACAUUCACAAGAAUCAGUACUUGAGAAAAUUGUAAAUGAUAUAAUACGGAUGUUGUUGUAAGUAUGCCAAAUACGAUACCUUGUUUAUUGUACAUACUGUGUUUUUAACAGAAAGUGUAGCUAUAACAAAUUUACAGCUUUGAAUGUUGGAACAACAAAAUAUAAUUAUAAAUGUUAAAUAUUUAUGUUUUUUGGGGGAUUUUAGAAAGAAUAAGGUGGAGCUGAGAGGCACCUAACACAAUUACAUUCUUAUGAUUUCCUGUGUAAUAAAAUGUUGAAACAA